AUCCCACCGAAGCGAGAUUUUGCUUCGUCGGAUUUUCCCCUUGGCCAAUCCUGAUCUGCGAUUCCAGUUCGACAAACUUCCCCAAUCGCCCCUGCCGGCGCGCAUGGCAACCGCAACCACCACCUCGCCGCCGGCGCCGUCAAAGCCCACCCUCCUAGGUGGUGUCCGGGGCCUAGACGCGGCCGUGUCUCUCCGCCUGCACGCCCUCUUCGGCCCGGUGCCGCGCCUCCUCCUCAAGGCGCUCGAGGUCGCUGGCGACGGCCGCAUCUGGCUGCCUGUCCCCAUCUCCCUGCUCCUCCUCUCCGCGUCCCCGGCCAACCCGAUCCUGGCAGGCCUUGUUGCUGGCCUCGUGCUGGACCUCAUCCUCGUCGGCCUCGUCAAGGUCGUCGUCCGCCGCCCGCGCCCGGACUACAACGCCAAGGACAUGUACGUCGCCGUCGCCGCCGACCACUGGUCUUUCCCCAGCGGCCACUCCUCCCGCGCCUUCCUCGUCGCCUCCUUCCUCGCCGCCGCCGGCUUCCGUCCCCGCGAGGCGCUCUUCCUCUGGGCCACCGCGACGUCGGCGUCCAGGGUGCUCCUUGGCCGGCACUACGUCCUCGACGUCGUCGCUGGGGCUUGCCUCGGCGUGUUCGAGGCCUGGCUCAGCAACUUGCUCUUGAGAUUCAUGUGCGCUCAAAGCACCUUUCUUUUAUGCUAAUCCUUGUUGUUAUUGUACCACCACGAAUCCGCCACAUUGUGUAUGAUACAACAUUGCUGUCUGUUAUUGCGAAGUUGCAAUUUUGGUAAGCAUUUCAUCAGGCAUUUAGUGUGGCGGUCUUACACAAGCUUGUCUGCACCCUCUGGUUCGCUUGUAAUUGCUUUGCUCUCAAUACAAAGCCUGUUAACGUGUCUUUCAGAAGAAAAAUAUGGUAAGCAAUUGAAGUUUGCUGAGCA